AUGGAGCAGGCGCGAUGGCCGGACGUGCCGCCGUGCUACCGCUUCACGCCGACCGCGCGGGAGCUCAUCCGCGACUACCUCAACCCCUGGGUGGCCAACCCCGGCCAGAAGCCGCCGUUCGGGGAGCCCGAGGGCGUCGUGUGCGCCGCCGACGUCUACAGCGCGGACCCCGGCACGCUCACGUCGCGGCUCCGCCGCUUCGGCCACGACGACGGCAACUGGUACUUCCUCUGCGUCGCCCGCUGGAAGGACGGCAACGCCGGCACCCGGAUGAGCCGCGCCGUCCGGGGCGGCGGCACGUGGCACGGCUCCGGGAAGCGGGUCGCCGUCCCCCGCCACGGGUACCGCCAGACCUUCGAGUACCGCGACGCCGCCGGCGACAAGAGCGCCUGGCUCAUGGAGGAGUUCGGGAGCAGCAUGCCCGAGGCCACCGACGGCGAGGGCGUCAGGGUCAUCUGCAGGGUGCACCGCACGCCGAGGGCGGCGGCGGGCGGCGACGACGGCGGGGAGGAACACCAAGAAGAAACCGACGAGAUCCUCCUGUCGUCCAAGAGGCAGCGAGCCACGCUGAGCCAGGAGCAGCACGACUUCGCCGCCGCAGAUUACUGGACGACGGCGGCGCUAGCGCCGCCCGAUGCCGGGUGCUCCUAUGCCAUUGCUAGCACGUCGCAGACUGCUGCGCCGGUGAUGAACGGGGCGGCAUCAACCACCACCUGGCAGCUGCAGCCCGUGAUGGAGCAAGGCGUGGAUUAUUACCACCCUACCGCCGGCAUCAAUGGCGACGAAGACAUCAAGGGAGAGCCAGAGCCAGAGCCAGAGCCAUUGGAGACGACGGUUCCUGCAGACAUCGGAUGGCAGCAAUUUGCAGAGAUGGGCUAUGGCUUUGGCUAUGCCGCUGAAGAUGCGCGGAUGAACGAAUGGAUGCGUAAUACCUUCUCAUCAUGCCCGCAGCCAAGUGACAGUGCGGCGCAAGAGGGCGAUGAUCCUAGGGACGAAACGGGAGCAAGCUGA